CGCGCAGGGGUGAGGUUGCGCGGCAGUUUUCGCAGCAGGGCCGUGCAGCCUAGUGGGGCACCGGGCGGCCCGAGAGAUGGUGGAAGGACCGGGCUGUACUCUCAAUGGAGAGAAGAUUCGGGCGCGAGUGCGCCCGGGCCAGGCGGUGACGGACAUGCGGGGCCGAGCGCUGCAGAGCCCGGGGGGGCCCGGCUCGCCGCCCUCGGCCUCUGGCGCUGCGGGCUCCUCACAGGCUGCUGCACUGAAUAAUAAUAAAGAUUCCAGCCAGAAUUUCUUGAGACUGUUUAAUGGACACAUUUACAGUGGCGUGGAAACUUUGGGGAAGGAGCUCUUUAUGUACUUUGGGCCAAAAGCUUUACGGAUUCAUUUUGGAAUGAAAGGCUCCCUCGUGAUUAAUCCAGUUAAGUCUAAAAAUAAAAAUGGACUUUCUCCUGUUUUUGAAGUACAGCUCACCAAAGAUCUGAUUUGUUUCUUUGACUCAUCAGUAGAAAUCAGAAACUCAGCAGAAAGCCAAGAGAGAAUAAGAAUGAUGGAAGAAUUAGAUGUAUGUUCACCUAACUUUAGUUUCUCAAGAGCAGAAAGUGAAGUGAAAAAGCAGAGAGGACGGAUGCUAUGUGACGUGUUAAUGGAUCAGAAAGUGUUGCCCGGGGUGGGAAACAUCAUCAAAAAUGAAGCUCUCUUUGACAGUGGUCUUCAUCCCGCUGUUAAAGUUUGUCAGUUAACACAUGACCAGAUACAUCACCUUGUGAAAAUGAUACGUGAUUUCAGCCUUCUUUUUUACAGGUGCCACAAAGCAGGAUCUGCUGUCUCUAACCACUAUAAGGUUUACAAGCGUCCUAAUUGUGGUCAGUGCUGCUGCAAAAUAACUGUGUGUCGCUUAGGGGAGAAUAAGAGAAUGACAUAUUUCUGUCCUCACUGUCAGAAGGAAAAUCCUCAACAUGCUGACAUAUGCUUGCAAGAUGUUGGUUCUCAGGACAGAGGUCGGGACCAAGCUCCUGUGGUGGAAGCUCCGAGUCCAAACCACUGGACUAACAGAGAACCUCAGACCCCAGGGAAUAUUAAUCAGAGUAAGGCCUCCCGGAGGUCCUCAUCUCAGCACCAAGACCUGGAUCUAUCCAACUGCCUGCAAACUCCAGUGCUGGACGUCUCAGGCCAAACAACCAGUAAGACAGGACUACAGCACCACCUAUCAAAAAGAGGAAACAAACAAAAAAAAGAGAUGAAACCACGGAAAAAUAUGUUACAGGUGAAGGAGCAAGGUAAAAACCUACAAGACCAAAUAAAUGAAGAUGAAAUAGGCAACCUAACUGAAAAAGAGUUCAGAGUAUUGAUAGUAAAGAUGAUCCGAAAUCUGGGAGACAGAAUAGAUAAAAUGCAAGAAACACUUACCAAGGAUCUAGAAGAACUAAAGAGCAAACAAACAGAGAUGAACAACACAAUUACUGAAAUUAAAAAUAUUCUAGAAGGAACCAGUAGCAGAAUAACUGAGGCAGAAGAACAGAUAAGUGAGCUGGAAGAUAAAACGGUGGAAAUAACUGCCAGAGAGCAGAAAAGAAAAAACAAAGAAAAGAAUUGAGGGCAGUCUCAAGAGACCUCUGGGACAACAUUAAACGAACCAACAUUCGAAUUAUAGUGGUCCCAGAAGAAUAAGAGAAAAAAAGGGGGGGUUGAGAAAAUAUUUGAAGAGAUUAUAGUCGAAAACUUCCCUAACAUGGGGAAGGAAAUAGUCAAUCAAGUCCAGGAAACACAGAGAGUACCAUACAGGAUAAACCCAAAGAGAAACACACCGAGACACAUAUUAAUGAAACUAUCAAAAAUUAAAUACGAAGAAAAAAGUAUUGAAAGCAGCAAGGGAAAAGCAGCAAAUAACAUACAAACUAUUAGAGCUAAUCAAUGAAUUUGGUAGAGUAGCGGGAUACAAAAUUAAUGCACAGAAAUCUCUUGCAUCCCUAUACACUAAUGAUGAAAAAUCUGAAAGAGAAAUUAAGGAAACACUCCCAUUUACCACUGCAACAGAAAGAAUAAAAUACCUAGGAAUAAACCUACGUAAGGAGACAAAAGACCUGUAUGCAGAAAUCUACAAGACACUGAUGAAAGUAAUUAAAGAUGAUACAAACAGAUGGAGAGAUAUACCAUGUUCUUGGAUUGGAAGAAUCAGCACUGUGAAAAUGACUCUACUACCCAAAGCAAUCUACAGAUUCAAUGCAAUCCCUAUCAAAUUACCAAUGGCAUUUUUCACAGAACUAGAACAAAAAAUCGCACAAUUUGCAUGGAAACACAAAAGCCCCCGAAUAGCCAAAGCAAUCUUGAGAACGAAAAAUGGAGCUGGAGGAAUCAGGCUCCCGGACUUCAGACUAUACUACACAGCUACAGUAAUCAAGACAGUAUGGUAGUGACAGAAAAACAGAAAUACAGAUCAAUGGAACCAGGACAGAAAGCCCAGAGAUAAACCCAUGCACAUAUGGUCACCUUAUCUUUGAUAAAGGAGGCAAGAGUAUACAAAGGAGAAAAGAAAGCCUCUUCAACAAGUGGUGCUGGGAAAACUGGACAGCUACAUGUAAAAGAAUGAAAUUAGAACACCUCCUAACACCAUACACAAAAAUAAACUCAAAAUGGAUUAAAGACCUAAAUGUAAGGCCAGACCCUAUAAAAUUCUCAGAGGAAAACAUAGGCAGAACACUCUAUGACAUACAUCACAGCAAGAUCCUUUUUGACCCACCUCCUAGAGAAAUGGAAAUAAAAACAAAAAUAAACAAAUGGGACCUAAUGAAACUUAAAAGCUUUCGCACAGCAAAGGAAACCAUAAAGAAGACGAAAAGACAACCCUCAGAAUGGGAGAAAAUAUGUGCAAACGAAGCAACUGAGAAAGGAUUAAUCUCCAAAAUUUACAAGCAGCUCAUGCAGCUCAAUAUCAAAAAACAAACAACCCAAUCCAAAAUGGGCAGAAGACCUAAAUAGACAUUUCUCCAAAGAAGAUAUACAGAUUGCCAACAAACACAUGAAAGGAUGCUCAACAUCACUGAUCAUUAGAGAAAUGCAAAUCAAAACUACAAUGAGGUAUCACCUCACACCAGUCAGAAUGGCCAUCAUCAAAAAAUCUACAAACCAUAAAUUCUGGAGAGGGUGUGGAGAAAAGGGAACCCUCUUGCACUGUUGGUGGGAAUGUAAAUUGAUACAGCCACUAUGGAGGACAGUAUGGAGGUUCCUUAACUAAAAAUAGAACUACCGUAUGUCCCAGCAAUCCCGCUACUGGGCAUAUACCCUGAGAAAAUCAUAAUCAAAAAGAGUCAUGUGCCACAAUGUUCAUUUCAGCUCUAUUUACACUAGCCAGGAUAUGGAAGUAACCUAAGUGUCCACUGACAGAUGAAUGGAUAAAGAAGAUAUGGCACGUAUAUACAAUGGAAUAGUACUUGGCCAUAAAAAGAAACAAAAUUGAGUUAUUUGUAGUGAGGUGGAUGGACCUAGAGUCUGUCAUACAGGGUGAAGUAAGUCAGAAAGAGAAAAACAGAUACUGUAUGCUAACACAUAUAUAUGGAAUCUAAAAAAAAAAAAAAAAAAGCAUGGUUCUGAUGAACUUAGGGGCAGGACAGGAAUAAAGAUGCAGACGUAGAGAAUGGACUUGACACGGGGACGGGGAAGGGUAAGCUGGGAUGAAGUGAGAGAGUAACAUUGACAUAUACACAGUACCAAAUGUAAAAUGGAUGGCUAGUGGGAAGCAGCCGCAUAGCACAGGGAGAUCAGCUCGGUGC